AGCCUUUGGAUCAGUCGAUUCAGCUGAACCAUCCAGAUCCUUGCAGAGCGGCCAUGUCUUCUUCCCCGAAAACCCUCAUAUACUCGCACGUCGGCGGUAUUGACGUCAAACUGGACUUGUAUGCCCCAGACGCGAAUGGCUCCGCACCCAUCCUCAUCUGGUUCCACGGCGGCGGUCUGUACUGCGGAUCGCGCGACGAUGACUUGUUUCCAUUCUCGCUGUGUGACGCCGCACUCAAGCGCAAGUGGAUCUUUAUUACCGCGGACUAUCGCCUCCUGCUGCCCUUCAACGGGCAUGAUAUCCUCGCCGACAUUCGCGCGCUUUCAUCCUUCCUCAGCUCCGACGCCUUCCGCAACUCCCUUCCUUCCGGCCUCGUCCCCUCCAACUCUAUAUUUACUGCGGGCGCCUCCGCGGGUGGCUACAUGGCGCUUCAGUAUGCUCUUCAGGCAUCCCUCAAGCCCAAAGCUGUGCUGAACAUGUUCGGGUUGAGCGACCUCCUUGACGAUCAUUAUGUGCACCCGCACCCUGACGGUGUGCCUUUCUUCGGCGGCCUCAACAAAUCCUUCGACCUCGACAAGCUUCUUCACCCGCCACCGUCUUCGGGCUCGCCCAUGCGGGCGCCCACGUACGAGUGCGCCGAUGGGCGGCACAUGACGAUGAUAUAUGUCAUUCAAGAGGGUGUCAUCCCAGACUACCUCACCAAUCGCCCGGGGCUCAGCAAAACUCUAGGAGCGCUGCCUACAAAAGACGCGCGGGCUCACGCGCUGGACGACGAAAUCCGUCCUCUGUUCCCGUUGCUGUUCGUCCGCGAGCUCCCUCCCGUCGUCUCAGUACAUGGAAUGGCGGACACCGCGGUACCGCUCGCCCACAGCGAGACGUUGAAGGCGCUGCUAGACGAAGCGGGGAUCAAGAACGAGCUGAUCCCUGUACCGGACGCGGAGCACGGACUGCUCAGCAAGGACAACUUCGGCGUCGAGGCGCCUGCGGCAGAGGAUGCAGUCGGUAAAGCGGUGGAGUUCCUUGCAAGCUGUUUGUAGUAACCAUACGUCUUUUCGCCUCGACAUCGCGAGUCUCAAUGUACCAACAUGUGUCUCUCAGACGAUCUUCACGCACGUUCGCAGGGAGCCCGUGAUCACGUACUCAGUCGUGGGACUUGCACGCAGCGACAAGGCGUUGAAGCGUAUAUACAUACAUUGCCAUGCAUAUGAUCAGUCCGGAUUCUC